AAAAUCACAGACAUCAUGGCAGCCGCAACAACCGCGAACAAAUCACCACAACAACAACAACAACAGCAACAACAACACAGCUUCAUUGCCUCCUGCAUGUCCAUCGUUUUGGUUGUCGUGUUCGCUGUGCUGCUGGCAGGAAACUGUGUCAAUGGGCAAAUUGAUGGCUACAUAGCUGGCGAGGACUAUCCCAUCUAUGAUGCGGUGCCCAAGGGCUUGUCAUUCAACUGCCAAGGACGUCAGCCGGGCUACUAUGCGGAUACCGAGACGAGGUGCCAGGUCUGGCACUGGUGCCUGCACUCUGGCCAUCAAUACUCGUUCCUCUGCCCGAACGGCACCGUCUUCAAUCAGGCUGUGCGCGUCUGCGAUUGGUGGUCGAACGUCAACUGCGCCAGCUCCGAGCAGCUCUAUCAGAAUAACGAUGAGCUCUAUCGCAUACCGGAGCGCAGCCAACAGCAGCAGCAGCAGCAGGAGCAGGCUGAGGUAUGAUAUAAGGCUGAUGAUGAGUAUAAGAUUGGGAAAACACACACAGCAACGGCGGAGGCAGCGGAUCGGCAGCGAGGCAGCAGACAGCGACAGUUUCUGGCACAAAACAAGAGCAGCAGCAGCAGCAGCAACAGCAACAUAGAUAAAGGCAAACACAAUAGCAACAACAACAUCAACAACAGAAUCGUAGAUAGCACCUCACCAACCAACUACAGUAAAAUGACCAAAAAUAGUUUUAGAGGCAGCAUGAGAUACAAAACCAAUCAAUCUCAAUCGUCAUACUCAUCAUCACAGCAACAGCAACAGCAGCAGCAGCUACAACAAUUGCAUAAGCCACAAAGCGAUUCCAAAGCGACGCCUCAAGCGACCUCAUUUCAGCAAAUCGCAAUCUUUGCCCAGCUCGCUCGACCCUACGCGUAGGCACUCAGCCGGCAAGCUGCGAGAGUUUUACUCUUGUUAUAUUUUUCGUAGUCAGUCAGUCAGUCAGCCUUUCGGUGUAUUUUCCUUUGCAUUG